AUGGUAGAGGAACCGCUGAAGGAGAUGCCAGCGCUGCCCAGCCUCGCCAGUCUCCCAGAGAAGGGCUCCGGGGACUGCCCAGCUCCAACAGCGGUUCAGCCCCUGAGCAGCCAGGGUCAGCUGGCGGCGGCUACCGGCGGAGCUGAGCUCUCCUGCUCCCGGUGUACUGUGCCCUUCGGUUUGGUCACUCUGAUCGCUGGUAUGGUGGUCACCGCUGUCGCAUAUAGCUUCAACUCGCACGGCUCCAUCAUCUCCGGCUUCGGGCUGGUGCUGCUGACUUCGGGGGUUCUCCUGGUUAUCUCCAGUGCCGUGUGCUGGAAAGUGAGACAGUGCCGAAAGCGGGCUAACAGGAGAGACAGCCAGACUGCACUGAUGGCAAACACAGGAUUGCUGAUCUAAGGAACAUUUUAGAUCAGACCAUGGAGACUAACUUCGUUUAUCUCGGACCUCAAGCCUGUGCAAACCUUGGAGAUUUGCAACAAUGACCGCGUUGGUUGUUCUCCACAUUUGAUUAGAGCUGGUUUACAACAUCACUUCAAACCAUCGACAGCAAACCUUUAAUAACAGGAGACCAACUUGCCCUUAUCUCUUUCGCUGGAGCCUUUGGUUUGACCUGUUGAAGCCAACUCGUCAAAGGCGCAGAUUUAGCGAUUGAACGGACAGAAACAGCUAAAUCUGGGGAUCCAAAUACGUGAUUCCCAG